GAUGUUUUGUUGGAAAUAGCGCGAAUUCGAUGGACACCGGUCCGAUGUGUUGUUGCUGAGCCACACAAACUAGUGAGGUCGGGCGUCCAACAUGUCGAAGCGAAGAAACACAGCUGUCAGUGAAACCUCAAACAAACGUCUCCGAUCUGUCGUGAAUGGUGAAAAUGAGGACGACGACGAGGAUCAGGAUAUUGCUGAAAGUGAGCAGGGAGAUUCCGCUCCGAGUAAACGGUUUCAGUGUACUGGUGAUGUGGUGAGUGAUGCAGGGAUAGUGGAGAGCAUCACUCUGAGGAACUUCAUGUGUCACUCACUACUUGGACCAUUUGCAUUUGGCUCCAAUGUCAACUUUGUUGUUGGUAAUAAUGGAAGUGGAAAAAGUGCCAUUCUGACAGCUCUCAUAGUUGCCUUAGGGGGGAAUGCACAGGCUACGAAUAGAGGAUCCUCCUUGAAGGGUUUUGUGAAAGAAGGAGAAAGUUCUGCUGAUGUGUCAAUCACCCUGCGUAACAAAGGGAGAGAUGCUUACAAGCUCGAUGUGUACGGCCCAACCAUCACCAUAGACCUGCGAAUAACACGGGAAGGGCUGAGAACCUACAAACUGAAGAGUGGCGGAGGUCAGGUCAUCUCUACCAAAAAAGAAGAGCUAAUUUCCAUCUUGGACAAUUUCAACAUUCAGGUUAACAAUCCUGUGUCAGUUCUCACACAGGAAAUGAGCAAAUACUUCCUGCACUCUAAAGGAGAAGGAGACAAGUAUAGGUUUUUCAUGAAGGCUACGCAACUAGAGCAGAUGAGGGAGGACUUUAUUUAUAUUAAAGCCACCAAGCAAGUCACAGAGGAGAAAGUUGAGCAGCAUGGAGAAUGUUUGAAAGACUUGAAGCGUAAAUACCUUGAAAAAGAGGACCGGUACAAGAGCUUAGCUUCACUUGGGGAAAUGCACGCCAAACUGGAAGAAUUGCAGAAACAGAUGGCUUGGUCCUUGGUGACUGAAGUAGAAAGACAGCUAGAACCAGUGAAGGAGAAGUUACAGGCAGACAAACAUUCCACAGAGAAAUAUGAUGAAAAGGUUGAUGAAUGGAAGAAUAAGGUUGAGCAAGCCGAGAAAAAGUACAAGCAGAUUCAGGAACAGCUGGAGGGAAUCACUCAGCAAGUCCAGGAACUCCAGCCUAAAUGUGCUGAGCUUAAGGCUGAAGCCCAGGAAUGCAACAGCCUUCUCAAGUCCUGUGAGCUCACUGUCCAUAGGUGUAGAACUAACCUCAGGGACCUGGAAAAAGACAAAACCCAGCUGUCUUCACGUAUAAAGGAUCUGACUCUGAGCAUCAGCCAGACAACUGGAGCAGAGAGCCAGGCGAGGGCAGAACGUAUAGCGCAGAUUCAAGCCGAGCAGGAAAACCUCAAUCUUCACAUUUCCACUCUAGGUCAGCAGAUUGACAUGUUUCAACAUGCCCGCAACCGUGUCAAAGAAGAACAAGGAAAGAUGAGAAUGGAGUAUGAUGGCCUCAAGAAAUCUAUCGACACAAACAAAAGGAAACUACAGACCAUGAAGAGCAGUCGCUCGAAUCGACUUCGGCGUUUUGGAGAACAUAUGCCUGCAUUGCUUAGUGCUAUUGAGAAAGCUAACAGCAGAGGCCACUUCAGACACAAACCUCGGGGACCUCUGGGUUACCUUAUUGGUCUGAAGGAUCCAGAGCUGGCGUUGGCUGUGGAAAUAUGUAUUAAACACCUGCUUAUGGCCUUCACAUGUGACAACUAUGAGGAUGAAAAGGUUCUAAAGGGCCUCAUGACCAACGUGUACAAAUCUGGUCAAAGGCCAACCAUCAUCACCAGUCAAUUCCUCCACCAUGUCCAUGAUACAAGAAGAAGGGCUGUGAAUCAUCCCCAAUAUCCCUCUGUGCUUCAAGCUCUGGACAUUGAAGACCCCGUUGUGGCCAACUGCCUUAUUGAUCAAAAAAACAUUGAGAGCAUUCUUCUUAUUAAGAAUCGCACAGAGGCUCGGAGAAUAAUGCAGGGCAAGAAUCCUCCAGCUAACUGCAUCCAAGCUUUCUCUAAGGAUGGUGAUCAGAUCUUCACUAACCGUAAUUACACUUGUGAUCAGACCAGACCAAACUACCUCUCAGGGGAUGUUGAGGAAGAAAUCAGGCAUUUACAGAGAGAACUAGAAAACCAGGCAGGUCAGGAAGCUCGUUUCCAGCAACAAAUGAGAAAGUUGGAUGAAGACAUCAAACACAAUGAGGGGCUUCUAAGAAAAGUGCUCUUGGAGCAAAGGACUACCAAAGAUAAGGCCACAAAGCUCCAGUUUGAGUUGACAGACAUAGAGAAUGUGGAAGAGCCUCAGUCAGAGGACCUCAGGCCGCUGGAGGAAGAGCUUCAGGAGAUUGUUACAAAGAUUUCAUUCAAGCGUGCUGAGUACGAGGAAGCUAAAACCAAAAUGGCCAACCUGAAGGCAGAUUAUGACAGAGCAGACCAGGAAUACAAGCAGCACAAAGAGAACAUAAGCACCAUCACUGAGGAGGCUGAUUCAGUAAAGGAUGAGCUGAGUAAAACUGACCAGGAGGUGACGAGGUGCAAACAUCACAAGAAACACUACGAUGACAAACGCAGUGCCCAUCUCCGCAACAUUCACACUCUUGAAGCUCAACUGAAAAACAAGGAGGAAGACCUUGCGGUCUCUGUUGCUAAGGCUUCUGAGAUUUGUCCAGAACGCCUUGAAGUUCGUCGAACUGCCAAAAGUAUUGACAGUGAAAUUAAUCGUCUCAAAGUCAAGAUCACAACUCAGCAGGAACAACAAGGGGACCGCGAGGAGAUUGUGAGGCAAUAUCAUGAGGCUUUAGAGAGCUACAAGAAUAUGUCUCAGCAAAUGAGGAGCCUGAACAGCUUCAUCAGAAGUCUGGAUAACGUCAUGAACUACAGACUCCAGGUUUACGCUGAUCUCAGAAAAUUCCUCUCAGCCCGUUGUAAAUACUACUUUAAUAGUAUGCUGGCUCAGAGAGGCUAUAGUGGAAGCAUGACGUUUGACCACAAGAAUGAGACCUUGACCAUCUCGGUCCAGCCAGGCCAAGGAAACAAAGCGGAUCUGAGUGACAUGCGUUCUCUGUCUGGAGGCGAGCGCUCCUUCUCCACUGUUUGUUUUGUCCUCUCUCUCUGGGCAAUCACAGAGUCGCCUUUUCGCUGCCUUGAUGAGUUUGAUGUUUACAUGGACAUGGUGAACAGGAGGAUAUCGAUGGACAUGAUGCUGAAAGUAGCUGCCAGUCAACGUUACAGACAGUUCAUUUUCCUCACGCCCCAGUACAUGAGUUCUCUUCCGGUGAGCAAAACCAUCCGUAUCCUCCGCCUAAAGGACCCUGACCGAGGGCAGAACAACUUUCGCAGUGAAGAGCAGUGAUACUCUCCAUUGUGAUGUUGAACUGGUUAAUGUAAUGUAAAGUGUUCAGUUUGUAAAAUAAAAAAAACAGCUGCAUUAAUAAUAAAUAUAGUGAAGCCACUAAAGAGUCUGUUUUCAUAAAUAUGGCCACCCAAUGCUGCUUGCAGCUUUAAAGAUGAGGUUAUGAUCAAUGCAACUGCUUGAACCAGAACAAGCUACAGCUUCAGUUUCUGGAACACAGUGGCAUCUAGUGGUGAAAUACUGACUGAAUACCAUUAAACAAAUCAGACAAAACAAAAUAUAUAUUGCCUGUUAAUAUUUCUAAAGUAAAGUGUUUUUUUCUGUAAAAGUUUUUUUUUCUUGCAGUUUUACUAUUGUAUAAAGAAUUGUUGGAUUAAAAAAAUAAAGAAACCAAAAUUGAUUUUAGAUGUGUACAAUGUUGCACAUUUUUCUUAUGUUGGUUAUAUAAGAAAUAGGUCUGAUAUGCGCUUAAGCUUUUAAUGUUAAUUAUUCAUUUGUAUUUUACUUGUAAUUAUUUAAAGACGAUUUUGGUGGGAUUUUGAAUAUGGCGAUACGACACAAAAUGCCUACAUUUCUAAGUUAAUUGAAGUUUUUGACCUUUUCACUUUAACAAUUGUACAGAUUUUGCAGCAGAGAGACGUUUUGUAGUUUUUAGUGUUUUCAACGUGACUUUCAACAGGUCAUUGUACUUUCUGCUCAAGUACGCUUCUCUUACAGCUGCAUUCACUUUUAUCAUUAAAAAUGAAUGAUAAACUUUUACAUUGUAGCAUAGAAUAAAGAUUGCCGUUAGUUUUGUAACAUUUUGCCGUCAGUUGUUAACAAGGUUGGUCACAUUUCAGAUUUGUAAACAGUCAUAUUUGUAGCAUUUUCUUCAAGAUCUCAUUUCUUUUCAGUGGAUGUGUAAUUUAUCUCAGGUUAAAUAUUUUUGAAGCUACAAAACAAUAAAGUUUGUAAACUGUUCUGCAAAUGUG